AAAGCCCGUCUUGCUCGAGUUAAUCGCGCGAAAACGGCCGAAAAACAUGCUGAUCUUCAUUCGACAAGUCAGUCCUUAGACUCCGUGAUCAAUGCCGGAUCCUUGUUCUACAACAACCCAUUGGUAAAUCGAUUUAUGGAGAAAAUGGUACCUAUGACACUUUUAUAUAAUACUGAGGACAAAGAUAAGGCAAUUUGUCGAAUGGAGUCUGAAGAUACUCUAUCAGUGUGUCCUAGGCCUCUGACACCGACGCCAUCAGUGGCAAGCUAUCAACGCGCCGUCUUAGCUGCUAUCAACUACACGAAAAACAUAUCCACCGAUGAAGAGGCCCAAAUGCGUCUUAUUCAUCUUUUGCUCUGUCUUGAACAGACUGUGAAUCGAAAUUACGCUCCCUGUGUUGAGCGUCCAUCACAUAAAAUUCACGAUGUAUUGCACAAAAUGCAUCCAGUUUUUAUCAAUGAAACACCCUAUCGUUGUGGAAAAUCGGCAUCUCUCAAUAGAACUCGCAGUCCAAGUAGAUUAACAAAUAAUUCCAGGGCAUCAGAUGAUGGAACAAUACGGCGCCGCCACAGAAGAUUCUGCCUAUGCUGUCUUGAGGAUUCGGCUUCACUAGAAUAUUCAAUGACAUCGGGGGAAGAAUCACGAAUAAGGCUCGAAAAGGACGUUGAAAGAAAUGUCCGAACCGAUGAUUGUAUUAGUGAUACAACGGAAAAUGGUGACGGAUCCGUUGAAGAAACCACAAGAAGGAACAAAUUCACCUAG